AUGGCCACAACACAACAGCCGCCCGCAGAGGGUGCGGCGAACGGCGCGCCCAGUGGUCCGCCGACGCUGUCGACUAUUACUAGUCUCCCGCCUCUCCCGCAUCCGCUGCAUCCGCGCGGCCAGAGCAACACCGAGGCCUUCCGGGUCAUGCGCAUGCUUGGCGAGAAUGCGAGCAACGGUGUCGUCGACUACCCCUACCCCUCGAACACCGAGUACCCGCUUCCGCCGCUGCCCCCAAUCCCCGUCCCGACCGGCACCUCUCGACGCCGUCGUGCCGAGCCAGUAUCACACGCAGCCGUGCCCAUUCCCGUCCCCCCGAUCCCCGAGACAUCCUACCUCUUCGGCCCGCACUCCCUCGAGUCGGCAGUCAAGGCGCACAACGAGGUCCAUCCCCAGAUUGGCAUAUCUAUACAUUACGACCGCAGCGCACUGCUCGUCCACCUCGGCGGAUUGGGAUACAUGUGGUGUCUUAUACGCACGCUUGGUGCAAAAGACGCGGGCGAUACCGGCGUGCUUGGGGCGAGAUCGUUCCAUAGCCGCGAGGCUAGACCACCACCCAUCCACGCCGUUGCGCCGCCGGGUCCGUCGCUCGUCUUCGGAGAACACCUGAAGAAGCUCCACCUUUCCGUGAUUACGCUACUCCACCGCCUCCCGUACGAGGUUACACUCUUAGAGUCGCCGUGUUAUCGGUGUGGCAAGUUCCUAUCUGAUAUUGAUGGCUUGCCUCUCAAUGCGUCUGGGUGGAUUCCGCCAUCGCCCAAGUCAAGCGAUGGCGUGAAGUUUAAUGAGAAGGCUGAUGAGGAGAUGGACGUUGAUGGGGACGAAAAGAAGGAGGACAGGAUGGGCGAGAAGAAGGAGGAUAAGAAGGAGGACAAGAAGGACGGGGAGAAGAAGGAGGACAAGGAGGGAGACAAGAACGGAGAGGCGAAGAAGCCCGAGACAGAGGAGGAUGACAAGGAGGGUCGAUGGGUCAAGUGGCAUGCGUCAUGUCGAGCACCAUAA